CAAACUAAAACUCGCGAGUGUUGUCGUCUGCUCUAGCGGAAGGCUGGGGGACAUCAGGAUGAUCGAUUUCUGAUGUGGCGGUUGAUGAUGUCGCUUUCACACCCGCUAAUAACGCAUCCCCACCUUCCUACCUCCAUCUUUCAGCUGGUCUAAACACAGCGAAUUAUCUUCAGGUGAAAAUGAGUUUGGCUCCGUAAUCCGCGCACGCUACAGUUUAUUGGUAUUUAAAUGUAUGAAAUCAGAAAGUGGUUUUUAGUGAAUUGUUGUGUUUGCUGUCUGUGGUGAGGUGUGUUUGCUGUUUGACAGUGACAGGAUUACGCAGUGAUGUGAUACCCCGGGCGAUGUCCUCACCUGUCCGACAGAUGACCCACCGGAGACUCCCUCCUCUACCCGGGGUGGCCCCCCACAGGCGUCAGGGCCGACGAUCUCCCGUUACAGACAUGGUGGUAACAGGGGUGACAUGUAGUCCUGGAAUGGGGUCACAUCAUUCCAGUCGGAGUAUCCACAGUUCAUCUACCUUGUACCCGCGGACACCAGAUCUUCAGACUGAGACGGUGACCCAGUUUUUGUUUGAUAACCCGGAAUUCCUCGAUUCUUUUGUAAAUCAACACAUACACGAGGACAGAAUACGACAGUGGUCACAGCGUAAACACAAAGGUCAAGGACAUAAUGCCGUGACCCUUACGAAUGGCAAUUUAUAUAAAGACCAAAGAAGCAAUUGGAAGAAUUGUGUUCAGUCCAAAAAAUGGCGUGUUCUUCAGGACUUGACGAAGGACAACACGACUAAUAAAGCCAAAGUGUUCACCGAACUCGCUGCGUGCGCAGCCGAAUCUGUAAAUGCCGAUGGCCACAAUUUGUAUCUAAUCGACGACCAAAACCAGUUAUUCCUGGCCAGUAAAAGUAGCAGAAACCAACGUGCGCCCACGACAUGCCUUGGGAGAAUCGAACCACGGGCCACACUCCCUGCUUAUGUGGCGUACACAAAGGAAUCCGUGGUCACACAGAGUCUAGUGGGGGAUCCACGGUUUCCAUUGGGACUGGGUGUGGAAACAGAAAGGGGCGUGUCCGCAAUAGCAGUCCCUCUUUUACAUGGGGACAACACCAUUCUAGGUGUAGUGGAAUUGUAUAGGAACUACGGUAAUAUGCCCUUCUCCGCGGAUGAAGAGGAGAUCGCGGCCAAUAUCGUGCUGUGGGGAGGUCUCGCUGUCUUUUACUUAGAGAUGUACAACAACAUGGUGAAACAGAGAAAGCUGAAUGACUUUCUGUUAGCUGUCACGAAAUCUAUUUUCCAAGACAUAGUCAGCAUGGAUACGGUCAUUAUGAAAAUAAUGAAUUAUGCCAAGAAGCUGGUCAUUGCAGACCGCGCCUCACUGUUUCUCCUAGACACCAAAAGUCGCGAGCUUUACGCGCGGAUCUUUGAUACCGGCAGGGUGGAGGAACAUAUCCCUCAGAAAGAAAUAAGAUUUCCCAUGGACAGGGGCGUGGCAGGUCACGUGGCCUCUACGGGGGAGGUGCUAAACAUUGCGGAUGCCUACACAGACAGUCGGUUUAACCGCGAUGUGGACUUACAGACGGGAUACAGGACAAAAAGCAUACUAUGUAUGCCUAUCUAUAACCGAGGAAACAUCAUCGGCGUGGUACAGAUGGUGAAUAAGAUUGACGGGGUUUUCACGAAAGCUGACGAGGAGUCAUUCGAAACCUUCGCUAUAUAUUGUGGACUAGCUCUUCAUCACGCUAAACUGUAUGAUAAAAUCCGUCGAUCGGAGCAGAAGUACCGUGUGGCGGUGGAGGUUCUGUCUUAUCACAGUCAGUGUAACGAGGAGGAGUAUCAGAUGACGAAGCGAAUCCCUCUUCCUGAUGACAUUCCGGAUAUUCUAGAAUAUGAUUACUCUCCAUGGGCGAUUGACAGUGACCACAAACCCGUAUACGUCCUGUACAUGAUGAGGGACAUCUUUGAAAUGCACUCACAUAAAAACAAAAACGAAGAAAGAAGGUUUGACUUGGACGACAUGAUCAGAUUCACAUUGACAGUACGCAAAAACUACAGGAACGUUCCUUAUCACAACUGGGCGCACGCUUUCUCUGUGGCUCACGCUAUGUUCGCCGUCAUCAAAACCUCACAGCAUCACUUCACACCGAUUGAGUGUUUGGCUUUGUUUGUUGCUUGUCUCUGCCAUGACUUAGACCACAGGGGAAAGACGAAUGCUUUCAUGGUCAAGAGUGCUUCCCCUCUGGCUGCCAUUUACUCGACAUCUACCAUGGAACACCAUCAUUUCAACCACACCGUCACCAUUUUACAGAAUGAAGGUCACAAUAUUUUCAAACACCUAACCUCAGCAGAAUACAAGCAGAUUCUGAGUGAUAUUCGACAUUGUAUCCUGGCUACAGACUUGGCACUGUUCUUUAGUAAUAGAUCUCGUCUACAGGACAUUGCCGACAAAAAAGAAUUUUCUUGGCAAAGCGCUGAACACAGGCGUCUUGUUAUGGCCAACAGCAUGACGGCGGCCGAUUUGUGCUCUAUGUACAAACCAUGGAAACUACAGGUACAACUCGUUGACGUCAUCAUGGAGGAGUUUUGGCAACAGGGGGACGAAGAGAGGUCACAGGGACUUACCCCAAUGCCAAUGAUGGACAGGCAGAAAAAGAAUGAGUUACCCCAUCUAGAGGUGGGUUUCUUGGUGGGUAUUUGCCUUCCGUGUUAUGAGGUGAUGGCCCAAAUUCUGCCAGAAACCAAACCAAUGGUUGACGGAGCAGUUGCCAACUUGAAGAAAUGGCGAGAAUUGGCAGAUAAAGAGGCUAAAGAAAAAGAAAAUGAAGAAAUAGAAAAUGCUAAACAAACUGAUGAUCAGGACGACGAUGAAAUCCAAGAACCACCAGUGACAACAGAAAACCCAAAUGAUGACGUCAAAGUGACGUCAGAUAAGACUCUUUUAUCAACAGAGGGUGUAUUAGAUGAUAGUGCUUCAGAUACAAGCUUUUUGGCAGCAGAUAAACCUAUGCCUGACAUCACAAGUGAUCUAACCUCAAACAUCAGUGUAUCGUCAGAAAAGACGGUCUUAUCGUCACAGAGCGAAGAGCUACGAUAAUUUUCCUCUAUUCAGGAGAAAUUUUUACAAUGGUUUUGAAUAUUUAGCUCUAUGAAGCAUUUCCAUGACAAUGAACUUCGUGUUUAGCUACUACGCAGGGUAACCUUGAGGCGCGCAUGCUCUGUGAUGCAAGGUCUGUGAUUUAUUUAUAUUUGUUACCAGAGAGGACAUGCCGUUCGGGUACUCUCAGAUAAUUUAUUCGGAACCUCUUAUUUAUUUUCAUGACGAUAAUACUCCACGACGUUCCAUCCUCUGUGCGUUUUAUUCCGUUACGUGUUUUAUGGUAAUGUUGACGUGUUGGAUAUUGUAGAUUAAAUCGUUAUCAACUUGC